GCCACCCACAACUCCAUCAAAACUUUUCCUACUUCCUUCCUUUUUUUUUCCCCCUCAAACCUUUUAAUUCCCAUUAACAUGUGUCGGGGAUUGCUCGGUCGUCGUUGUCGUCUUCCCUUUCUCAUCGCCAUUGUCGUUUUUGAGUUUUUCUCGGCCUGCUCUAGCUCGUACGCUGACGUUGAUCCUCCCCCUUUGAUUAACCGUGGUGAUGGGAAGGAUCGUGAUCACCAGCAUUAUGGGUACUCUUCCAAAUUCUCGAGCAUGUUGACAACGAGGUUGGAGAAAAUGGCUUCGUCGCCCGUGGCGUCGUCGGAGAUAUUUAACGUGGAUGAUUAUGGGGCAAUGGGCGAUGGAGAAGACGAUAGUCAGGCGUUUAAAGAAGCUUGGAAGGAAGCUUGUUCGUCCACGAAUGCCAUCUUUUUGGUUCCUAAUGAUCGAACUUAUCAUCUUAAGCCAAUCACAUUUUCGGGGCCUUGUAACUCUCCUUUUGUAUUUAAGAUUGAAGGGACAAUAAAAGCCUCCCCACAUAUAUCAGAUUACGAGAAAGACAGAAGGCAUUGGAUUGUAUUUGAAAAUCUAGCAGAAUUUACAGUGGAAGGUAAAGGCACCAUUAAUGGAAAUGGAAGAAAAUGGUGGUUAAAUUCAUGCAAAGUCAACAAAACCCUUCCCUGCAAGGAAGCUCCAACAGCUGUUACUUUCUAUCAAUGUACCAAUCUGAGAGUGGAAGGGCUGAGGUUCAGAAAUGCACAAAAGAUGCAUCUUUCCUUUCAGAAAUGCAGCAAUGUCAAAGCUCUAAAUCUAUGGAUUUAUGCACCAGGAAACAGCCCCAACACUGAUGGCAUUCAUGUCACGGCCACACAAAUCAUUCUCAUCCAAAACUGUCUUAUAAUGACUGGUGAUGACUGUAUUUCGAUCGUAAGUGGGUCGAAAAAUGUUCGAGCAAAGGGCAUAACUUGUGGACCGGGCCAUGGGAUCAGUAUUGGAAGCUUGGGAGCUGGAAAAUCAGAAGCUGAGGUUUCUAAUGUGGUGGUUGAUACAGCAAAGUUUAAAGGAACAUCAAAUGGAGUGAGAAUCAAAACUUGGCAGGGAGGCAAAGGGUAUGCAGAAAACAUAAUAUUCCAGAACAUUGUGAUGGACAAUGUGACCAACCCAAUAAUCAUAGAUCAAAACUACUGUGAUCAGAAAGAACCAUGUACACAACAGGCAGAAGCAGUACAAGUGAGUAAUGUAAUGUACCAGAACAUCAGAGGCACAAGCGGUUCGGAAGUGGCUGUGAAAUUCGAUUGCAGCAAAAGCUUCCCAUGUCAGGAGAUUCUUCUACAAGACAUCGAUCUUGUCCACAGAGAUAAAGCAGACGAUAAACCCACCCAAGCCGAAGCUUCCUGUAAAAAUGCCAGAUUGAAGAAUAGAGGAAGGGUUUCACCACAGUGCCCUGGACGACGAUGAAGAAGAGACGACGGAUCCAGUUUUGCAAAUGCUUGAUUGGGUCACUGUAAAUUCAAAUAAUUUAUACUUUUCAUAAGCAUUUGAUGGAGCGAUUCCACGUUGAAUCUAGGGAUUUGGAUUAGUGGUUCGUUCCUUACUUUUUUUAUUGGGAUAGUCAUACAGUGGGGUUACUUAUAGCAAUGGUUGAAAGAUCUUAAGCCACAGACUGGUUGAAUUAAUCAGCAAUAAAUGAAUAAAGCUGAAGCCAUAGAUUGA